AUGAAUAAAGCAAGCGAGAUGCUUCCUAAGAAAUUCAGAAAUUUGAUAGGCUAUAAAGUACAAUCCUAACAAAAGCAAAGUUAAUCCACAGAUCUCACUGUGAUUGAUGAAAGUCUUUUGAUAUUGGAACAAAAACUCAUUUAGAAAUGUGCAUUAAAGGCUUAGCCUAAAAGCAUGCGUGGAAAGCCUAGAGCCAAGAUUGAAGUAGAUUUACGUAACAUCAGGGGAUUCCUGGGCAAGAAGGAACAAAAAUAGCCAGAAUGCAUUCUUGCUUAGAUGAUGGAGGAUAAAUCUGUUGUAUUUGAGGACGACAUAUUUACAGGCGAUUAUUUGGUGAGACAACCGAUUAAGCAUGGAUUUUUCAAUUUAACUGAUGGUUACAAUAUGCAAGAUGUGAUAGAAGAUCUAUACAAACUAACUCUAUAUGGAUUGAGUUGCAAAUUGGAAGUCAAAAAUGUCUCUGAUUACUAUUGUAUAUUAGUAAUUCCAGAUAUCUUCCAAAGAGUGCAAGUGAAAAUGCUGGUCGAUAUGAUAAUAAGACAAUUGGGAUUCAAAGGCAUCUAUCUACAUUUGGAAUCUGUCUUAUCAAGUUUCGGAGCUAAUCUUUAGUAGUGUUGUGUAGUGGAUAUCGGAUAUGAGAAGAUCAACAUUACUUGUGUAGAUGAUGGAGUCAUUUUGCCAGGAACAUAUGUGAGAAAGAAUUUCGGAAGUAAGGACAUCGAUUUAGUACUGAUGAGGCAAGUUACAAAAAGAAAUGCUUGUGAUUAGGCUGUUCAAUUGUAAAGCAACAAUUAUGGAGAUCUACUCUAAAUGGAAAAACUCAAAGAAAAGGCUUGCCAAUUGACAUAAAAGGAGGAUAAACUCAAUUACAAUUAUGAACUUCAUUGUUUAAGAAAUUAAAAGGAAAAGAGGUUCUUUGUAUAACACAAUGAUGGGUUGUACAUCUCUGCAAAUACACUGUUUGAAUCAGAACCAUUUAAUGAAAUCAGAAAACAAGAUAUGCAUGAAUGUUUUGAUUUUACAGGACGUCUUUUUGAAAUGUAAUAUGAUCCCGAAGACAAUUUUGAAGAACUUAGUGGAGGAAUUCAGUUGUGUUGGUAUUGGGGCUCAAAAGAAAAAGAAUAAUAAUAUUUCAUAGAAGGAAAUCAGAUGUUGAAUCCUAAUUAUAUGAUCCCUCUAGAUCAUAUGAUUGCUUACUCCAUUGCCUAAGUGUAGGAUCCAGAAAUCAGACAGAAAUUAGCCAACAACAUUCUGUUUACAGGAGGAGGAGCCCAUCUCAUUGAUCUUGUGGAUGAAGUAGAAGCCUUAUUGAUUGAAAAGUUCUAAGUAAUGGAACUCAAUGAGAUUGAAAGAGUAGAAGUGAAAACAAUCAUAAGAGAUGUUAGGCCUAUCAAUAUGGCAUGGGUUGGAGCAACUGUCUUACCCAAAACAGAAAGUGUCAGUGAAUUAUGGAUUACAGGGUCUAGAUGGCUAGGUAAUUUGGAACCUCAGAAGGAUGAAUUGGAAGAUAUGAUCAAUUAAUUUGAUGGAGAUGUUUAAUAGUUGGAAAAAAAACUAAUUGCUUUUGCAAAAAAAGACAAAGAAAAAGAUCGAAGUUGUGAAUACGGACUUAAACAUCUGAAAGAGAAGAUUCCCUUUAUUUGGUGA